CCUUUGGCCCCCCUGACCCGUAGCUAUCAUGCGCGAGUGCAUCUCCAUCCAUGUUGGCCAGGCUGGGGUCCAGAUUGGCAAUGCCUGCUGGGAGCUCUACUGCCUGGAGCAUGGCAUCCAGCCUGAUGGCCAGAUGUCAAGUGACAAGACCAUUGGGGGAGGAGAUGACUCCUUCAACACCUUCUUCAGCGAGACGGGUGCUGGCAAACAUGUGCCCAGGGCAGGGUUUAUAGACCUGGAACCCACAGUCAUUGAUGAAGUGCACACUGGUACCUACUGCCACCUCUUCCACCCUGAUCAGUUCAUCACAGGCAAGGAAGAUGCUGCCAAUAACUAUGCCCGUAGACACUAUACCAUUGGCAAGGAGAUCAUUGACCUCGUCUUGGACUGAAUUUGGAAACUGGCUGACCAGUGCACAGGUCUACAGGGCUUCUUGGUUUUCCACAGCUUUGGUGGGGGAACUGGCUCUGGGUUCACCUCCCUGCUGAUGGAACGUCUCUCUGUUGACUAUGGCAAGAAGUCCAAGCUGGAGUUCUCCAUUUACCCAGCCCCCCAGGUUUCCACAGCUGUAGUUGAGCCUUACAACUCCAUCCUCACCACCCACACCACCCUGGAGCACUCUGAUUUUGCCUUCAUGGUAGACAACAAGGCCAUCUAUGACAUCUGUCGUAGAAACCUCGAUAUUGAGCGCCCAACCUACACUAACCUGAACUGCCUUAUUAGCCAGAUUGUGUCUUCCAUCACUGCUUCCCUCAGAUUUGAUGGAGCCCUAAAUGUAGAUCUGAUAGCAUUCCACAACCUGGUGCCCUGUCCCCACAUCCACUUCCCUCUGGCCACAUAUGCCCCUGUCAUCUCUGUUGAGAAAGCCUACCAUGAACAGCUUUCUGUAGCAGAGAUCACCAAUGCCUGCUUUGAGCCAGCCAACCAGAUGGUGAAAUGUGACCCUCACCAUGGUAAAUACAUGGCUUGCUGCCUGUUGUACCAAGAUCAUGUGGUUCCCAAAGAUGUCAAUGCUGCCAUUGCCACCAUCAAGACCAAGCGCAGCAUCCAGUUUGUGGACUGGUGUCCCACUGGCUUCAAGGUUGGCAUUAAUUACCAGCCUCCCACUGUGGUUCCUGGUGGAGACCUGGCCAAGGUGCAGUGGGCUGUGUGCAUGCUGAGCAACACCACAGCCAUUGCUGAGGCCUGGGCUCACCUGGACCACAAGUUUGAUCUGAUGUAUGCCAAGUGUGCCUUUGUUCACUGGUACGUGGGUGAGGGGAUGGAGGAAGGGGAGAUUUCUGAGGCCCGGGAGGACAUGGCUGCCCUAGAGAAGGAUUAUGAGGAGGUUGGUGUGGAUUCUGUUGAAGGAGAAGAUGAGGAAGAAGGAGAGGAAUACUGGUUACCCAUUCCUUUGAGCCCUGCAGCAUGUCAUGGUCCCAGAACCUCAGCUUCAACAGAGCUGAGAAGCACUAAGGUUUUGUGCCUGAGGCAACUCCUCUCCUGGAUUGACCUUGAAUAUAAUCAUCCUGAAAUAUUUAUUGUGGAAAGUGGCUGGUUUGUCUCAGGGACCACCAAGAGAGAUGAUGCCAAAUAUAUGUAUUACCUAAAAAAGUUCGUAAUGGAAAGCUUAAAAGCCAUCAGGCUGGAUGGGGUUGAUGUCAUUGGGUACACAGCAUGGUCCCUCAUGGAUGGUUUCGAAUGGCACAGAGGCUACAGCAUCCGACGUGGACUCUUCUAUGUCGACUUUUUGAGCCAGGAUAAGAAGUUGUUGCCAAAGUCUUCAGCCUUGUUCUACCAAAAGCUGAUAGAGAGCAAUGGCUUCCCUCCUUUACCUGAAAACCAACCCCUAGAAGGGACAUUUCCCUGUGACUUUGCUUGGGGAGUUGUUGACAACCACAUUCAAGUAGACACCACUCUGUCUCAGUUUACCGACACCAACGUUUACCUGUGGGACGUCCAUCACAGUAAGAGGCUUAUUAAAGUGGAUGGAGUUGCAGCCAAGAAGCGGAAAUCCUACUGCGUUGAUUUCGCCGCCAUCCGGCCCCAGAUAGCCCUACUGCAGGAAAUGCACGUCACGCAUUUUCACUUCUCCCUGGAUUGGGCGUUAAUCCUCCCCCUGGGUAACCUGUCCCAGGUGAACAGCACAGUCCUGCGCUACUACGGCUGCGUGGUCAGUGAGCUGCUCUGCGCCAACAUCACGCCUGUGGUAGCCCUGUGGCAGCCUGCGGCCCAGCACCACGGCCUGCCAGGUCCCCUGGCAAAGCAGGGAGCCUGGGAGAACCCUCGCACUGCCCUGGCCUUUGCAGAGUACGCCAGACUCUGCUUUGAAGAGCUGGGCCACUACGUCGAGUUCUGGAUCACGAUGAACGAGCCGUACAUGCGCAACCUGACCUACCGCGCGGGGCAUCACCUUCUGAAGGCUCACGCACUGGCUUGGCGCCUGUAUGAUGAAAAGUUUAGACCCACCCAGAAAGCCCUAAGCCAUUACACCACCAUCCUUGUCGACUGGGAAAAAGAAGAUCCCUUAAAAUACAACGACUACCUAGAAGUGCAAGAAAUGACUGACAUCACUUGGCUCAACUCCCCCAGCCAAGUGGCAGUGGUGCCCUGGGGGCUGCGCAGAGUGCUGAACUGGCUGAAGAUAAAGUACGGAGACCUCCCCGUGUAUAUAAUUGCCAAUGGGAUCGACGACGAUCCACACGAGGAGCAAGACAAGCUGAGGAUGUAUUACCUACAAAAUUAUGUAAACGAAGCUCUGAAAGCUUAUGUAUUGGACGGUAUCAAUCUUUGUGGAUACUUUGCUUAUUCAUUUAAUGAUCGCUCAGCUCCGAAGUUUGGCUUCUAUCGUUAUGCUGCAAAUCAGUUUGAGCCGAAACCAUCCAUGAAACAUUACAGGAAAAUUAUUGACAACAACGGUUUCCUGGGCCCUGAAACUCUGGGAAGGUUUUGCCCAGAAGACUAUACCAUGUGCACUGAAUGCAGCUUCUUUCACACCCGAAAGUCUUUACUGGCUUUCAUUGUUUUUCUAUUUUUUGCUUUUAUUGUUUCUCUUUCCCUUAUGUUUUACUAUUCUAAGAAAGGCAGAAGAAGUUACAAAUAGUCUGAACAUUUCUCCUACUCAUUUGCUUUGAAAUAAUUUACGUGCACACAUUGGCUGUUAACCAUUUGCACCUCUUUGUGUUGUGAAACUAAAUUUCAUACAUUUGGCUUCUAGAAAAACUUUUUGUGAUAUAUGAUAGAAGUUUUGAAAUGGGUACAGGUGACUAUAAAAUCUGGAAAACGUAAAUAUUGUCUGGAUUUCUUCUCUGAUUUUGCUGAUUAAGAAACUGACAGAUGUCAUAAUUUCUGUAACAUUCUGUAAGGAAAGCAUGGAAAAUGGUAACCAGAAAUGUGCAUGACAAGAUUAGGAAUAUUUUUAUCUGUGCCCAUUUUAAAAUUUCAUGCUUUUCUUUAAGUAAUAAUUGCAAGCAUUAGAAGAAAAAGUGAAGUCCCAGUUAACAGUCUCUCAACUGCCAGCAUGGUGCCUGAUGGCCAUGCCUCUUUCUAACCAAGUUUCCCAUGAAGAUGAUGGCAGGAUAGAAACCAGAGAGAUAGCAAAGUGGCCCUAGGCUGAAACAUUCCUUUUAAAAGCUGUAUUUCCAUUGCAUGCUGCUAAUAUUAAUUUAUGUAUCUGGUUAAUGAUAUACUUAGCGAAUUAUACAGAUUUUUAUUUUGUUUUGUAUGAAUUUUUGAGGCACUCUCCCAUCCAAGUACUAACCAGGGCUGACCCUGCUUAGCUUCCGAGCAAGAUCAGACAAGAUCAGGUGUGUUCAGGGUGGUUUGGCCGUAGACAUUUGCACUCUCUAAACCCUAGGUCAUGGGGAUUUUGUCUCAUCAGUGCUUGUAGAGAGCACAUAUACAUAGGAGAUUGUCACAGAACAUUUGCCAAAGAAAGAAGAAAAAAAGAAGGAAAAAAUACAUGAAUCAUAAAAUGGAUGGGUUCGUCAGGAAGUAUAAUGCACUGGCUUGUGGUGGAGAAAAGAAGGAAGAAAUGUUUAUGAUGAGCAACAUUAUGAUUAACUUGGUUAUACAUUUUUUUAAGCAGACCUUGGAAUGAAUAAGAUGAUCUUUCCUGAGAGAAUAGGAAUGAAAUAAUAUCUCAUCCAUUAUUUUUGUACUUCAGAAUGUGCUGUAAAUUCUCUGAAUUGAUAGUUUUAAAACUUAUGUUCAAAAGGAAUCAGGUCUGACAACCCUAAAACACUUGUUUUUGUGAUCUCUGAUAUCCACUCUGUAUUUUUGCAUCUGUGGAAGUAACUUUGAACUAGUUUUGCAUUGAAUUUUACACUGAAACAUACUACUGAUUUCAAUAGAAAGGGCUAAUUAGGGGUUCUCCUUUAAUGCCCUUUAAAUAAGUCUUGCUGAUUUUUAGACAGGGAAGUCUCUCUAUUACACUGGAGUUAUUUUGUAGGUAAGUCAAUAUUGUAUCAGGGACGAUAAGCCAGUCAUGUAGUCAUAACUAACCUUGCUGACACAGGGUCAUAGAGUGUAAUAAAAUACUGUAUAUCAUCUGGAGAAGCGGUAUGAUUUUUUUCCAUGAAAGAUGAGCUUUUAGUGGUAUUCUUUAUAAAAGUGGACUUAUUAAAAUCAGACACUAGAAAAUCAUUUAUUUUAUGUAUAUAUUUUUCUGGAUGUAAGAGUAAUAUAUGUUAAUUGUAAAAAAUUGAAAACACAGAAACUAUAUGUAAAGAAAUAAAUAAAUGUAUAAUUUUACAAUC